AUGGUGUACUAUGCCAACCCGGAGCUGCUGCGCGACGUGCUCAAGAACCAGGUGGUCAGCAGCCACAUCGCCGGCAUGAUGGCCUCCGCCGAUCUGCGCAUCGUGGUCGGCGCGCUGCAGAUGGCCGACAUCCUCAUGACGAAGCUGCCCGACGAGUUCGGCGUGCAUUUUCGAAGGGAGGGGGUGCUGCACCAGUUUGAUUUAUCGACUAGGUCUCCAAGUCCAUCUCACGUGAGAUUGAGCGACGUUCUGAAGAGAAAGAGAGUAUCGAAAAGGACUUGUGGAACUAGCAGAUCUAAGACGAGGCAUGACGAUUUGCCUCUGUCGCCUUCAUUGGUACAGGACCUAUUCACUAAAGCUGCCUCAAUAGGAAAUUCAACGCCAAGUAAUACUACUAGACCCAGAUAUUCUGGUUCCAGCUCGAAGACAAGCUUUCUUCAAAGUUUGAAUCCAGCUAGGUGGGGAAGGAGUAUGAACUCAUCACACGAUAGGAAUUAUAGUAAGGACUCGAUGAACAAUUUAUCAAAAUCGGCUUCGAAUUCACACAUUACUGCUGGAAAUAGAGAAAAAACUAGGAGUUGGAUUAGAGAUCAGGCCUCCAAAUUCAUCGAAUCGUAUUCGGGCGCCGAGGACGACUCGCACCCGGCCACGAACGUCAUCACCCGUCUGAAGCUGGCCAUCGACAAGCUGCCGACGGCGAAGUGCUGCGAGGCGCUGCUCGAGCUCAGGGACAUACUCAUGGAGUCGGACAUCUCACCGUUCGAGGCCCUCCUCUCCUAUCUGGCCGACGUCGACGGCCCCUUCGACAGAGACCAGCGCCUGCGCAUCAUGCUGAACGUGUUCGCCGGCUGUCCGCUCGACGGCGCCGCCUCCUUCGACGCCGACGCGCCCGCGCCGCUGACGUCGACGUGGAUGAGCGCGCUGGUGGCGAAGCUGAACGGGUGCGCUUCGCAGCUGGAGCAGUUCCCCGUCAAAUGGAAGGGCGGCACAGUCAAAAUCGACCCGCUCGCCCUCGUCCAAGCCAUCGAGCGCUACCUGGUGGUGCGCGGCUACGGUCGGCUGCGCGACAAGGACUGCGCCGACAGCGACGACGGCGACUCGGACGACGACAUCGACGACACGCUCGCCGGCGUCGUCGUAGCGCAGACCGGCGCCCGUCACAAGCUGCAGUUCCUCGUCGGCGGUAACGUGCUGCCUUAUAACAUGACGGUGUAUCAGGCGGUGCGGCAGUUUAGAAAUGCUGGUAUUUGGGUCCAAACACAUGUAAUAUAUUAUCGGCCGUUGAAAGACGAACCAUCCAAUACUAAGAGCAGUAGCGGCAGUUCAUCAAACCAUUCGAGUAGGAAAGGUAAAGGGUCUUCCGGAAAGAGUACUUCUAGACGUAAAGGUGAUGAAUUAUGGAAUGACGGCGUAACGCCCCUACCCCAAUCGCCCCUCGCCCCCUACUUGACCACCCGACUGCCCGACACGGUCACCAUACAGGACGCCUCGUUGGAGGUGCUCUGCCUUCUCAGGAUCCUCAAUGCCCUCAAUACGCACUGGACGCACCUCUACCCCGCCAUAGAGCACUCGCCGAUCGUGCCUGCCACGGAGUUCCUAAACAGGUUGCUCGACAUGUCCCCAGAACUGAGCUCGAGCGAUUCUCAGGAGCGCGUAACGCCGCGCCUGGAUCGAAGAAAACGUACCAUAUCCCGUGAUGACAUCCUCAAGCAGGCCGAGCAGGCGCUGCUCGAGGUGCAGUACGAGAACGAGGUGGGCACCGGCCUGGGCCCCACGCUCGAGUUCUACGCGCUGGUGUCCAAGGAGCUGCAGAAGGCCAGCCUGGAGCUGUGGAACGCGACGCGCGGCGGCGACGACGCCGAGUACGUGCACAGCGCCGUCGGGCUAUUCCCGGGGCCGGUGGCGAGAGGCGCCAAAGUGGGGCAGGUCACGAAGGUGGAGAAGUUGCAAUUCGACGGUUGCGCCGUGGAAGAGCUCGGCCUCGACUUUGUCCUGCCCGGCCACAACGUCGAGCUGAUGCGCAACGGCAAAUCGACGCCCGUCACCGUCCACAACCUCCACCGCUACGUCGACCUGGCCGCCCAUUGGACGCUCUACGAGGGCGACUGCUCGCACGGCUGGGACGUGAAGACGCUGAUGGAGUGCUGCCGGCCCGACCACGGCUACAACGCCGACUCGCGCGCCAUCCGGUGCCUGUUCGAGGUGCUCAGCUCGUACGAUCGCGAGGAGCAGCGGAUGUUUCAAAGCGCUGUCCCCUCCGUUGACGGUAGUCCGGAAGACGCUGGAACCGAACAUGAACGCCGACGACUUCCUGCCGUCGGUGAUGACUUGCGUGAACUACCUCAAGCUGCCCGACUAUUCGACCAUCGAGGUGAUGCGGGAAAAAUUGCGGCUCGCCGCCUCCGAGGGACAGCACUCUUUCUACUUGUCGUAAAGAAAACAAAACGCGGAACGGUAUGGCUUGUCUUUGAACGGAUUCUAUAUACUGUAAUUUACGCGAAAAUGAUGGGACUUCGUCGUGAUAAGAGCAAAAUCACUUAUUGCAUAGCCCCCCACCUAGUGGGUUAAGGUGUCUAUUAUUAUUGCUGUAAUUUAUUUUUUUCUGAAGAAUCUAGUGGUAUUUCUCAAAGUGAUUUUGUUGUUUUUUUCUUCUUUUUUCGGGUUUCAAUUUCGAACACUCACGUUUUAUUUAUUGAGCGAUUGAUUGUUUUGGGGGGGCCACGACUGAUUUGUGCAAUGGACACGAAGUGCAUAGUGAUGAGUUGGUGCAACGAACAAUCGAAUUGAAUUGCUAACUAUCACAUUAUUUGCCAAAUGUAUAGUUUUUGCUGUGUCCACUUGUUCGGAUGCAGCUAUAUUUAACAAAAUGUAGUUUUAAUUUAAAAUUAUGUUUCAAUAAAUUUGUACACAUCAAA